AUGCCUUCAGGAAUGGCUGGGCAAACACCAUGUCUAACCAGCCGAUGGGAUCAGCCAGCCCAGUCUGCGGAAGGGGACACCGGGAAAGUUGCUUAUCGUGUCCCAGAGGCUGUCGGCACGUCUUCUUCAAACAGUUCUCCUCCGACGCAGGAAAAACGACAAUUAAUGGCUGGGCUGGAGAAGCCAGAGCCUCCGGGAGGGGUCGAAAUGGCCGCUGCCAUGGCUGCUAAAAUAAACGCCAUGCUAAUGGCCAAAGGAAAGCUUUUGACUCCUCCACCGUUGUUGACAAAAAAACCAGUUUGUGUGCCAACGCCACCCCUGACAGAAGAUCUAGUUGUCACGGAGGUUGACAUAAAUGACGUGCCUAUAAACUGCAGAGACCUUCUUACUAAAGGCAAAACCCAAGAGGAGAUUCGACUGUGUAGCGGGGCAGUUGUCUCAACUCGAGGAAAUUACAUGUCUGAUGUUGAAAGGGAAAAAGCAGGAGGACAAAGACCUUUGUAUUUACAUGUCCAGGCAAAGACUCAGGAGCAGGUUAAUAAAGCAGUCUCGAGAAUAAAGGAGAUCAUCACUGAGGAUAUGUUGAGAGUCUCCGCGGCUUCAGGGGGGCAAACAAUGCCCAUUAUUCCACCGCUCACGCUGUAUCCUCAGCCCUCUCGGCCCGUUGUCCAAACACCCAACACCAGCUCAACACUGAAUCAGGGCCAUAGACCGGCCGCUCCUCAUCCGGGGAACUUUGUCCACACAAAGAUCUUUGUGGGCUUGGAACAGUCGCUGCCAUCGUUCAACGUAAAUGAAAAGGUGGAAGGUCCGGGAGGAACAUACUUGGGUCACAUACAGACUGAAACGGGAGCCCGAGUCUUCCUCAGGGGCAAAGGUUCCGGCUACAUUGAACAGGCGUCCAAACGGGAGUCCUUUGAGCCGCUUUAUGUUUACAUCAGUCAUCCAAACGCAGCUGGACUGGAGGCAGCCAAGCUACUUACAGAGAGUCUGUUACAAACUGUGAGAGCCGAGCAUGCCAGCUUAAAGUCGUCGUACACGGCCACCGCCUCAACCCAACCAUACGCAACUCAUGGAUAUCCACCUAAUAGCAAUUACUCUAGCCAGUGUUCCUGGUAUAACUACCCAGCCAAUGGGUAUGCUGGAGGCUAUUCAGCGUACCCGGGAGCCGGUGGUUAUUGGAGUAAUGCAAAUGGUCCUCCAAGUCAUUCUAACAUGUCGACAACCCCUCCGUCUUCUCAGGCAAUGGUUCAGUAUCCGGUGUGUCCACGGAAUCCAAAUCCCUAUCUUGUGGAGGGUGCUGGUCGAGGUGAUACAGCGGACCGUCUAGGAGCUUUACACACUCAGCCUGACACAGGAAGUUCACAUCAGCAUGUCUGUGAACCUACUGAGGAACAAAAGCCUGCCAGCUGCUCCCAGGAGACUCCUGCUCAUCAAAAGUCCACACCUCCCCCCGCUGUCAACCAAGAAAAAACAGUAGAGAGGAUGCUGAUGCCCCCGCCACCGCCUCCCUUGGCCGUUCUCACCUCUGGCCCGCGCAAGCGACCGAGCGACAUGGCUACCCAGGCUCCAGACAGUCUGCCCAACAGUGCCGCAACUUCGGGUCUUGUGAAAGAAACAUGUGAGAAGAAACCCAAGAUUUUGUUGGAUGCAUCAGGGCUGGUGCCAUAUGGUGGAGACUCUUCCGAUGAAGAAGAGGAGAGGACUCGUAGCAGUAAGACCAGUAACUCAUGA